AUGACUUCGACCACGUCGCCACCCUCGUCGCAGGAUCCCUCACAGAAUCUGGCGGUGUUGCCUCCUAUAAUCACAGAUAACACCGUGAAGCCGCAGCCGCCAAUCCGACAGCGAUCGUCCUCGUAUGCGAAAGAUCGUCUCUCCACGCAAUCCAACCUCUCCCUCGCCUCUCAAAACCGGUCGCGCCCGGGAUCGCACGUUUUUCCCAUCUUCCAUUCCAGUCUGCCGUACUCCCUCGUUCGGGAUUUCGCAUACCCUUCGAUUCAUCCGCUCCACUAUGGCCCGCUGCCCCCACGUGCUUCGGGAAUGUCCUCCCCGGUGAGCGAGCACCGACGGCUGUCAGACCCUCCGGCCCCAUGGGACACGUCGCGUGGGCAGUGGUCAACCGGACCGUGGAGCACCGACCAUAGUUAUGGGCACCAACAGCUCCCUGCGAUGUCGUUCGGCGACGGGCCGCCAUACAGUGAGGAUGAAGACUUGCACAGUCCGGUAUUUACAACGCCCCGACACCGAAAGAAUAAGUCUACCGGGACAGACUUGAAUGGACACAAGAGCAGGAACCCCGGUGAUCAGGCCGGCGUGGAUUACUUCGGCGGCGCGGAGCGCGGAACGUUUGUGAGCAUGAACGCAGAUGGUAGCGAGACGUACUAUGUGAACGAUGAGGAUUCGGCCGACGACGGGCCCGGGGGGGAAUAUGUCACGUACCCGGCCUCCGAGAGCCGAUAUUCGCACGCGGGCGCCUAUGAAGGGUACCAGGGUUAUGAACCGGAGUCCUUCGAGUCGGAGGACGACUAUGGAGGGGACCGAUACUCUCGAGAUUUCCAAUUCGCCGUAGGAUGCCCCGACGAGGAGAUGCAUGGGAAGGCCGUUGCGCUGUUCGACUUCACUCGAGAGCACGAAAACGAACUCCCCCUGACGGAGGGCCAGGUGAUCUUCGUCUCGUAUCGGCAUGGCCAGGGCUGGCUGGUUGCAGAGGAUCCCAAAACCGGCGAGAGCGGCCUGGUGCCGGAGGAGUUUGUCCGGCUACUUCGAGACAUCGAGGGAGGGUUGACCUCGCUGAACGGAGAGUCCGAGACCGAAUUGACUGGGAACCACACGCAACACGUCAGCCCGGACUCGACCGACUCCCAGCAAGCCAUCACGCCCACUCAAGACGACCAGCACGCCUUGGGGUCUGGCAACGAGUCGACACAAGUCACCACGAAUGGGCAGACAAAACCGGAUGGUCAGACGGUCACUACGGGUGGGGACUCGGAUUCGAACACAUCACAUUUCCUCCAAUCCCCAUCCCAGCAAGGGGUCUCGACAACGGAGCCAGUCUCGGAGAAGAAACCAGAGGAUGGAAACCAGGCCAACGUUACGAAGUCAUGA